CGCUGCACCCCCGCCCCCACCCCCGCGACUUCGGGGUCCCCCGCUCUCCCGCCUCCCCUCCCCCUGGGUUGCCGGUGGGGGUGGCGCUCAGGGGCCCAUGAAGGUGUUCCUCCGCCUGGGGGGCUGCCUGGAGGCGGGGGGGUCGCCCGAGGGGGUGCUGCUCACCCGCACGCGCUGGUAUUGCCUGCCCGCCAAGGCCCCAGUGACGCUGUGGGAGGAGGCCGGCGACGGGGUGGUCUACGCGGUCAGCUGCCGCUCGUCGGGGGUCGCCUCGGAGGGCCCGGAGUCGCCGCCGUCGGAGCCCCCCCGGGGCCGGGCGCUGAAGGCGGGGUCGCUGCCGGGGCUGGUGCGGCACCUGCUGGCGGCGGGGGCGCUGGGCGACCCCACCUACGUGCCCGCCUUCCUGGCCACCUACCGCACCUUCGCCGCCCCCAGCCGGGUCCUGGCGCUGCUCCUGGACAGCCUCCAGGCGCUUGAGGAGUCCCCCUCCGACGUGGCUCCAGAAACGCCAGAGCUGCAGCGGGCGCUGGGCCCCCUCCUGUGCUCGUGGCUGGAUGGGUACCCGGAGGACUUUGUGGGCCUGGAGCCCAGCCUGGGGGAGCGACUCUUGGCCCGCCUGCGCUGGGCGCUCGGGAGCGGGUCGGAGUACGAGAAGGGCCUCACCCUGGCCCCGAAGGAAGGUGCCCCGGAGACGCGGGAGGAAGACGAGGACUUCGUGGAGGAUCAGGACCCCGACCCCCGUUACGUCCUGGGCCUGCAGGCGGACGAAGUGGCUGCCCACCUGACCGCACAGGACGCCGAGCUCUUUCUCCGCCUGGUGCCCCACGAGUGCUUGGGCUCCCUCUGGUCCCAGCGCGCCAAGAAGGGCCACGAGGGGGCCUGCCCCACGGUCCGGGCCACGGUGGCCCAGUUCAACCGGGUGGCCAAUGCGGUCGUGGCCUCCUGCCUGAGCGACACGGGGCUGCGUGCCACACAACGGGCCCGGCUCCUGGAGAAGUGGAUCCGCGUGGCAGAGGAGUGCUUCUGCCUCCGGAACUUCUCCGCCCUCUACGCCGUGGUCUCCGCUCUGCAGUCCACCCCGCUGCAUCGGCUCAAGCGCACCUGGGAGGAGAUAUCCAGGGACUGCGUCCACCUCUACGGGGAGCUCAGCGCCAUCUGCUCAGAGAAGGACAACUACCGCCAGAGCCGCCAGCUCCUUUUCCAGGAAGGCUGCCCUAGUGCUGAGCCCACCCAGCGGAGGCAUCAGCGGAAGAGCCCUGAGCAGCGCCCCACGGGCGUGUGGUCCCUGCAUUCUCGGCACUUUCCCCUGAAGGGACUCCAGGAUGCUGGACGUGGCCACACGGAAUCGGCUGGAGAACGGGUACAUCAAUUCCGGGACCAAGCGACCUUUCCAAAGGCCGCAUGGCUGCAGCGCCUCCCCCGCCUCACUGAGGCCCAGAGCUACCAGCUCUCUUGUGCUAUUGAGCCUCUCGGAGAGGGAGGAACCCCCACCAGACACGUGAAGCCCUCCGUGGUCAUCACCCACUGCACAGACGUGCUCGCCUCGAUCGGCAUGUGCGGCCCCACAUCCUGGGACAAGCCCGGCUCCCCCCAGACGCCGCCUGACCUGCUGCUCUCCUCCGCUCCUUCCCUGGCCCAGCACUUGAAGUGGCCCUCCGUUUCCGCCCUCGACACAGCCCCAGAGCACGACACCCCCUCCUCCCCCACCGGCCUGGCCCCCCCUCCUGCUACCGGGGGCACCUUCAUCCGCGGACACCGGCGCUCGGCAUCCUGUGGGUCAACCCGCACCCCAGGGGGCUCCUCCGAGUGCCGCUUCAUCCGGGUGCGCAUGGAGCUGCAAAGCGACAUCCUCUACAAGAGCGUUGUGGUGACCAGCCAGGACAAAGCCCCCGCAGUGAUCGCGAAGGUGCUGGAGAAACACAACCAAGAGGGCAGCCUGGCCCCCCACUACGGACUGGUGCAGCUCCUGGGCGAAAGCCGAGAAUUGGCCCUGCCACCCACGGCCAACGUCUUCUACGCCAUGAACAGCUCCAGCCUGGACUUUGUGCUCCGCCGGAAGCGCCCGCCAGAUGCCCCGCCCCCGCCGCUGCCCCCUCCCCGGACCCCACGGCCACGGGACACGGACGCCCACGCCACCUUCCCAAAGAUCAAGGCCACUGGGCGCAAGAUCGCCAAGGCCUUCUUUUGAAGGGGGGACUGGCCAGCCCCACACGCAGCUGAGACUCUGUGCUGUCGGUGGCCGUACUGGCACGAGGGCAGCACGACCAGCCCACUGGAAAGGGACCCGGCAGCGCCUGAGGGGUCUCUGCUGCUCUGCUUCAGGGGUGCCGACGGGCCAGGGUUUUUGCGCCCUUUGCUGCAGCUGUUGCCCCCCUGGACAAGCAGAUGUUUCCCAGAGGCUUCGCGGCACUCGCCAUGCCGGGCUGCAGGAGCCAGGGGAGGAGACUGGGGGUGCCUCCAGGGUGCCCGAGGGGUUCCCCGCCCUCAAAGGGCUCUCCGGGUCAGGCCGGGCUGCUUGGGGGAAGGAGGGCUUUGCUGGGCUGCUGCUGCAAUGGGGUCUUUCUCGCGCUCUUCUGAGCGUCGCUUGUGCCGUCUGCCUGGGCACCUCCCUCCUUGCCUGGACAGGAAGUGGGGUGGGGGGCACAGGUGCUCGCCCCCUCCUUUUUCAGCGUAUCAAGGCUGGGGGGAGGGUCUUCCUCUGGACCAGAGAUACACCCUCAUGGGUCUGAUGGAAACAAUUUCUCAGGGAGUCUCGGGGUGGGGGGGGAGCUGAGAUGCAAACUUGCUGUUUCUGAUCUCGCUUACCCCACAUAUAUGGGGGGGAGAGGAGGUGCCCCCCUUCCUGGACACAGCUGGAAGACCUCUGUGCACUUAACACUAAUGUAACAAAGACUUUGGGGGGAGGGGGUAGUUUCUGCCACAAGCAAUAAGAGGUCCCCUCCCCAGUCUCUUGCAAAGGCAGGAUGAGCCCCCCCCCCCUAAUCCCUUCUGUACCAAAGAGUGUUGGGAGGAGAGGGUGGUGCUGAUGGCCCUUGCCUAGCGGGGGGGGGGGGGGGGCAGGGGCUGCCUGGCAUUUGCGAAGAUAGGGUAAGAUAGGGUGGUGGAUAACUACUUUAAUAAAUAAACCUCGCCCA